UGACGUAUUGUAGAACCAAAAUGGCCGCUGUUGUAUUUUGACGUAUAAUAGCUAGCUACUUUUCUUUUUGUUUCAUUCUUGGUAAAAAAUUAGCAAACGAAACACUUUCUGGAGGAGCUAUAUCUCGCCGCCCUCCGUACUCCGGCGUCCUAGUUUUUACCUUGAAGACAAUCAGGACUGACACGUAUUUGUUGGAGGAGUUAGACUAUGCACAUUUAGCUCUGAUACAGGCUAGCUGGCUGGCUCUAGCUGGCAGUGUGGAAUAUUGAAAGUGAAAUAGCUCGGCUAACUUAGCUGUGAUGAUGGAGGAAUUGAGCGCAGAUGAGAUUCGCAGAAGGCGACUGGCCCGACUGGCAGGGGGACAGACGUCACAGCCCAGCACCCCUCUCAGCACACCCCUGACAUCCCCACAAAGAGAGACCCCACCCGGACCCCUCCCUGGACCCUCAGGUGCCGCACCCCAACCUGUGCCACCAGCUGCCUCCCAAUCUCUGGGGCUCAAUGUCCAUAGCGGGACCCCCGCCACAUCCCCCAUGGGCACUUCUGGGGUGGCAUAUGGUAGUCAGAGCAGCGAGGGUGUGAGCUCCCUCUCCAGCUCCCCUUCAAACAGCCUUGAGACUCAGUCUCAGAGUUUGUCCCGAUCGCAGAGCAUGGACAUUGACCCUGCCUCCUGUGAAAAGAGCAUGUCCCAGGUGGAUGUGGACUCAGGGAUCGAGAACAUGGAGGUGGAGGACAGUGACCGGCGGGAGAAGAGGAACUUGACUGAGAAGGAAACCUCUGCGAACUCCGAUGUCUCUGAAGAGCAGGCUCUGCAGCUCAUUUGUAAGAUCCUCCGCGUAUCGUGGAAGGAUCAGGACAGAGAUGUCAUCUUUCUCCCUUCACUGGCUGCAGAGUUUCACCAGAACCCGAAAGAUGCAUACUCUGACUUUAAAGACCUCAUUGGCCAGAUCCUGAUGGAAGUCUUAAUGAUGUCCACCCAGUCACGUGUCCACAACCCUUUUGCCAGCUUGACCGCCACCUCACAGCCAAUUGCAGCAGCCAAAUCGCCCGACCAUCGUCUGACGCUGGUGCAGCCCUCCAGUCAAGGUGGCAGCCCGAUGGGCCCCAGCGCGGGGUCCUUUGGAGCCAGCUCUCUAUCCAGUCUGUACGGGUGUGGUAGUCCUCACCCAAUGACUCUGGAUGCAGCUGGGAGGACCUCACUUUCCCUCUCCACCCCUACUACGCCCGCCCCGCCCUCCGCACCCUCAACCCCACAGUUUGUUGUUCCCCCGAGCCCCCCGGCUACUGCCGCUUCAAGACACACCCUCAACCCUCCGUCUGCCCCCAUGCCCAUCUCCCAGCGCUAUCGGCCGUAUUCUAUCUCUACCUCCUGGGGGGCUCCCUCCCCGUCCAGCCCAGGUCACAGAGGAUUCAGUUUCCCUGGACCUUCUCCCAGCCCCUCAGGGAUCUCGGUUCCUCCCAACACCCCGGCUCCGGUGGCCCCUCCUAUCCCCCAGUCACUGUCCUUGAGCUCACCUCAAGCCCGCAGCCAAUCCUCCGCCACAAGCCCCACUAUGGUGCCUCCUUCUCCCAGAUUGAAUCCCCGACAGGCGGCCUUUGCCUCCAGGAUUCCUCCUUCUAGCCCCUUGUCGCUCCUGUUUUUUGCCCUCUCUGACAUGUCUCAGGACAGCAGUGAUGAAGAGUCAGAGAAGGAGGAGGAGGAGGAUUUUGCUCAGGUUCAGUUUGGGUCCAGUCUCGGCGCAUGUGGAGGGGGGAUGUCCUGCGAGUCAGCCAGCGACCGCUUCACCAUUGAAACAUGCAAGGAGACAGAGAUGCUGAACUACCUCAUUGAGCGUUUUGACAGCGUUGGCAUGGAGGAGAGGAAAGCUCCUAAGAUGUGCAGCCAACCAAAUGUCAGCCAGCUUCUCAGUAACAUUCGCUCUCAGUGUAUUUCCCACGUUGCCCUGGUCUUGCAAGGCGCCCUGACCCAGCCUCGGAGCCCUCUGCAGCAGUCUCUGCUGGUACCUUAUAUGCUGUGCCGGAACCUUCCGUACGGCUUUAUUCAGGAGCUGGCGCGCAUCACCCACCAGGAGGAGGAAGUGUUCAGACAGAUCUUCAUUCCCAUCCUCCAUGGCCUCGCUCUCGCAGUGAAAGAAUGUUCCUUUGACAGUGAUAAUUUUAAAUUUCCUCUCAUGGCAUUAGCUGAACUUUGUGAAAUUAAGUUCGGAAAGACUCACCCAGUGUGCAGUUUGAUAACAUCGCUGCCUCUAUGGAGUCCAAAACCUCUGAGCCCUGGCUGUGGCAGAGAGGUCCAGAGAUUGUCCUACCUGGGAGCCUUCUUCAGCCUCUCUGUGUUUGCUGAAGAUGAUACCAAAGUAGGGGAUAAGUAUUUCUCUGGCCCGGCAAUCACCAUGGAGAACACGCGAGUUGUCAGCCAGUCCUUACAGCACUACCUGGAGUCAGCGAGGGGUGAUUUGUUCAAAGUCCUCCACAACAUCCUGCUAAAUGGAGAAACACGCGACUUAGCUCUUAAUUACAUGGCAGCUCUCGUCAACUACAAUGUGAAAAAAGCCCAGAUGCAGACCGAUGACAAGCUGGUGUCAACAGAUGGCUUCAUGCUCAACUUCCUGUGGGUGCUGCAACAGCUGAGCAUGAAGAUCAAGCUGGAGACGGUAGACCCCUACUACAUUUUCCACCCCCGAUGUCGCCUUGCUGUCAGCGCAGAGGAGACCCGCCUCAAAGCCACCAUGGAGGAGCUGAAGACCUGGCUCGCUGAAAUGCAUGAAGACCCCACGAAGUUUACAGAGCCCAAGUUCCCCACCGAGUGUUUCUUCUUGACGCUUCACACCCACCAUUUGUCCAUCCUGCCUGGUUGCCGACGCUACAUCCGCAGAUUGCGGGCUAUUCGUGAACUCAACAGGACUGUAGAAGAGCUCAAAAACAGUGAGAGCCAAUGGAAAGAUUCUCCACUGGCGAGUCGACACAGAGAGAUGCUCAAACGCUGCAAAACCCAGCUCAAGAAACUGGUGCGAGCCAAAGCCUGUGCUGACGUGGGCCUCCUGGAUGAGAACCUGCUCCGCAGAUGUCUGCAGUUUUACAGCACAGUCAUUCAGCUCAUUCUUCGCAUGGUGGACCCUGCCUACCCCAACAUCAACCUGCCUCUGAACCCUGAGAUUCCCAAAAGCUUUGCUGCUCUACCAGAGUUCUACAUCGAAGAUGUGGCAGAGUUCCUGCUUUUUGUUGUGCAGUACUCUCCCCAGGUUUUAUACGAGCCGUGCGUCCAGGACAUCGUCACCUUCUUGGUGGUGUUCAUCUGCAGUCAGAACUACAUCAGGAACCCCUACCUUAUCGCCAAGUUGGUGGAGGUGCUGUUCGUCACAAACCCUGCUGUACAACCUCGCACUCAGCGCUUCUCAGAAAUGAUGGAGAACCACCCGUUGUCUGUCAAACAGCUAGUCCCUGCCCUCAUGAAGUUUUACACAGAUGUCGAGCACACCGGUGCUACCAGCGAGUUCUAUGAUAAGUUCACCAUACGCUACCACAUCAGCACCAUCUUCAAGAGUCUCUGGCAGAACAUUGCGCACCAUGGCACCUUCAUGGAGGAGUUCAACUCUGGCAAGCAGUUUGUGCGCUACAUCAACAUGCUGAUUAACGACACCACCUUCUUGUUAGACGAGAGUCUCGAGUCCCUGAAGCGUAUCCACGAGGUCCAAGAAGAGAUGAAAAAUAAGGAGCAGUGGGAGCAGCUGCCGAGGGAGCAGCAGCAGAGCCGCCAGUCCCAGCUGACUCAGGAUGAGCGCGUGUCUCGCUCCUAUCUGGCCCUGGCCACGGAAACGGUUGAAAUGUUCCACAUCCUCACCAAGCAGGUCCAGAAGCCUUUCCUCAGGCCUGAACUGGGCCCUCGUUUAGCUGCCAUGCUGAACUUCAACCUGCAGCAGCUCUGCGGGCCCAAGUGUCGGGACCUGAAGGUUGAGAACCCCGAGAAGUAUGGAUUCGAGCCCAAGAAGCUCUUAGACCAGCUCACUGACAUCUACCUGCAGCUAGACUGUGCCCGCUUUGCUAAAGCCAUCGCAGACGACCAGAGGUCAUACAGCCGUGAGCUCUUUGAAGAGGUUAUCUCAAAGAUGAGAAAGGCGGGCAUCAAGUCCUCCAUCGCCAUUGAGAAAUUCAAGCUGCUAUCAGAGAAGGUGGAGGAAAUAGUCGCCAAGAACUCACAGUCUGAGAUGGACUACAGCGAUGCUCCAGAUGAGUUCAAAGACCCUCUGAUGGACACGCUGAUGACUGAUCCUGUGAUGCUGCCUUCCGGGAACAUCAUGGACAGAUCCAUCAUCCUGCGCCACCUGCUCAACUCCCCCACCGAUCCCUUCAACAGGCAGCCGCUCACAGAGAGCAUGCUGGAGUCAGUGCCUGAGCUGAAGGAGAGGAUCCACACCUGGAUGCGAGAGAAACAGGGCGGACGGCCCGCCUAAAGACGGCCUCACCGACGUCUGGCUCGCCCAUCGUCAUUAAAGGAUCUGUCCAAAUCCGACGAAUUAAGUGUCACUACAACCAAUGAAAACAACAAGAACAAAAAGAAACCUUUUGAAUGGGGGGGAGGGGCGAUUUGAUUUUUAUUUGCAUUUACCCUUUUUGUCUCAAACCAUUAUUAUGGUUCCAAAAACAAAACAAAAUAAAGUUAAGACUUUUAAGUUUUUUUUCUCAUGAGUUUGUGUAUAUAUAUAUAAAUAUCUAUCAAAUAUAUAUACAUAUGUUUAACAAGAAUUACUUAAUGCGUCACAAUGCUGCAGAAAUAAAUUUCCACCAGCGAGUUGCAUUCAGACACUUCAUUGAUCAUAUUCUUUUACAGUUCUUGUUUCUUUUAAGUAUCGUGUAUGUUGACCUCAUUGAAAUCGUAUAAUUACAGAAGGGAGAAGGGACGCCAAUACAUUUUAGAGUAUUGAGUGGAGUCUCAUUAAAAGGAUUAGCCUUGAGUUUCUUUUAUCAAGACUGUGACAGUAGUAAACUUGAGUCCACAUGUAUGCGGAUGUCCCGGAGCUGAGGCGCACACUGCUUGUGCUCACAGAUUAAGCUCAGAAGUGGGAAUAUCCAUUAAGAUUGUAACUUAAAGUUAUCUAAUCCUUAAUGUCAGCUUCCUUUGAAUACAAAAGGAAGACAAACAGUGACUUACCACACCAUUCAGUAUGUUCAAAUCUUCCUUUGCAGACACAUUUUCCCUGCUGACUUCAAUAGACUAAAUUUAAGUGUGUGUGCAUGGCCUAAAGACAGGAACCCAGAGGCGCGUUAUGGACAAGUAACCACGUUUAGGCAGAGGGGAGAGAGAGAGAAUGUAGCAUGAUCGCCAGAAAACAUCUUAAGAGCACACCAUUGAAGACGACCCACCUCUACAUGGUCUUUCUCAGAUGACACUGUACCUAACCUUACCUUGCUGACCAUAACUGUACACAAAAUGAUUUCCUUGAUCCACAUACCUGUUUUGGAAGCUAGGAUUUUGAAAUGAAAUAAAUGAUGAUGCACAUGA